CCCCGCCCCGCACCUCAUAUGCGCGUCACUGGUCCGACCCGACCGGCAACACUUGUUGUUGUCAGUUUUCUUCUCCGCUGUCCUUGAACCCGUUUCUCUCAUCUCAUAGUUUGUUACCAACCCGUCCGUUGUAAAGUUAUACGCCGCCCUUCACCACAGUACACCAUGCCGGCCCUUCACCAGGUGAAGUCGUUGCUGUGGGGAAUUCGCCCAAAGGGAUCCUUAAGGUUCCAGCAUAGUUCGAGCACCAAGUUAAAUGAUGUUGUUAUUGUUGGGGCGGCUCGAACUCCUAUGGGGUCAUUUUGCAGUCAGCUAGCAUCCAUUCCUGCGCCAAAACUUGCUGCUGUUGCAAUUAAAGCUGCUUUGGAACGAGCCGGUAUUUCGAAGGAGGAAGUUCAAGAAGUUUACAUGGGAAAUGUGUGUCAGGGCAUGUUAGGACAGGCACCAGCAAGACAAGCCGCAUUAUAUGCAGGUUUGCCAAAGUCCACAGCUUGUACUACGAUCAACAAGGUGUGCUCAUCAGGAAUGAAAUCGAUUAUGUUGGCAGCUCAGGGUUUAAUGUGUGGUCAUCAGGAUGUCAUUGUGGCUGGUGGCAUGGAGUCAAUGUCUAAUGUGCCCUUUUAUAUGAAGAGAGGAGACACUGGCUAUGGUGGAGUUACAUUGCAGGAUGGUAUUGUAUUUGAUGGUCUCACAGAUGUUUAUAACAAAAUUCAUAUGGGAAAUUGUGGUGAAAACACAGCUAAAAAUUUGGGUAUAACUCGCAAGGAUCAGGAUGAGUAUGCCAUUCAAAGUUAUCAACGAAGUGCAGAGGCAUAUAAGUCCGGUGCCAUUAAGGAAGAAUUGGUGCCUGUGAAUGUUCCACAAAAAAAAGGCAAACCAGAUCUUAUUGUCUCAGAAGACGAAGAAUUCAAACGAGUUAACUUUGAAAAGUUUUCUAAACUUCCAACUGUAUUUCAGAGAGAAGGAGGCACUGUAACUGCAGGAAAUGCAUCAACUCUCAAUGAUGGUGCAGCAGCUUGUGUUCUUACUACCCGUGAUGCGGCUGAACGCCUUGGAGUUAAGCCUAUUGCAAGAAUUGUUGGAUUUUACGAUGCAGAAACAGAACCCAUUGACUUCCCGAUUGCACCUGUCUUUGCAAUUCCCAAACUGCUAGAGCGCUGUGGUGUUAAACAAGAUGAAGUUGCUAUGUGGGAAAUCAAUGAAGCUUUCAGUGUAGUUGCCCUUGCUUGCCAAAAAAUGUUAAAACUGGAUAUGAAAAAAUUGAACAUCCAUGGAGGUGCUGUUAGUCUUGGUCAUCCCAUUGGUAUGUCAGGGGCUCGUCUUGUGAACCAUCUUGUGUAUUCAUUGAAACCUGGUGAAAAGGGUGUGGCAGCCAUCUGUAAUGGAGGUGGUGGUGCAUCUUCAAUCCUUAUUGAAAAAUUGUAAGUUGAUACCUUUACAUUGAACUCUCAUAUUUUUUAAGUUCAAAUACUUCCGGAAUGUUAUUGUUGGUAAAUGUUCAUUCUCUUUUGGUGUGAGGGUUAAGAUCAUUUUUAUCAAUCUUAUGACUAAAAGCAGAAAAAUGUCCACUGGAUGUGUUGGUUAAGAUGAUUUCUGCCAGUUUCAAUGAAAUAAUAUUUUAUUUACGAUCAUGUGUCAUCACAGUUGCGAGACUGAUAUUUUUAAUGGUACUUUUAUUUUUUGUGAUAGAUUAUUUUUGUAAAACAUUUCUUUCUUUGUGCUGUUUAUCUUUUUUAAAUGUAAUAGUCUUUAUAGAAUGUUGUUUUCAAGCUGGUUUUAGUCAUCAAUAAAAUUAUUUUUAUGUAA